AUGUCCUUCACUCACAAAACCCUGAGUGGGAGGAAGCCCGUGAUUGCCCUGGGCCUGCUGGCCGCCUUCCUCUUCCUGCUGGCCGCGCGCCUCUUCCCUGACGUGGACCUCCCGCAGGUGCUCAGCUGCCUGGGACAGUCCGGGGCCCGCUGGCUCCCCUUCUCUGCCCACCGGCGGCCCCUCCGCACCCACUACGGCUACGUCCACGUGAAGACGCAGGAGCCUCUGCAGCUCGACUGCGAUCUCUGCGCCAUCGUGUCCAGCUCCGGUCAGAUGGUGGGCCAGAAGGUGGGCGCCGAAAUAGACGGGUCUUCCUGCGUCUGGAGGAUGAACAACGCGCCCACCCGGGGCUACGAGGAGGACGUGGGGCGGAAGACCUCGGUCCGGGUGGUGUCCCACACCAGCGUCCCGCUCCUGCUCAAGAAUCCCGACUACUUCUUCAAGGAAACCAACUCCACCGUCUACGUGAUCUGGGGGCCCUUCCGCAACAUGAGGAGAGACGGCAACGGCAUCGUGUACAACAUGCUGAGGAAGGCUGUCGACGUCUACCCGGGGGCCCGCAUUUACGUGACCACGGAGAAGCGUAUGGCCCACUGUGACGGGGUUUUUAAGAAGGAGACGGGGAAAGACCGAGUCCAGUCAGGUACUUAUCUCAGCACUGGGUGGUUUACCUUAAUCCUGGCAAUGGAUGCCUGUUAUGGCAUCCAUGUCUACGGCAUGAUUAAUGACACCUACUGCAAGUCAGAAGGUUUUAGAAAAGUCCCCUACCAUUACUACGAGCCAGGAAGAGAUGAAUGCGAUGAAUACAUUCUCCACGAAAAUGCUCCAUAUGGAGGUCAUAGGUUUAUGACGGAAAAGAAGGUGUUUGCCAAGUGGGCCAAGAAACACAAGAUCAUAUUUACACACCCAAACUGGACAGUGUCUUGAUGCUGGCUUGCCCCACCUCACCACGAGAAUGGCAAUGCCUGAGCUCUGAUGACGAUGAUGAUGAUGACGACAUAAUUGAUUUGUUCUCGUACUUAAAUGGGCCCUUCUCAGUGAUUGAUGAAUCUGAGAAUCCAUUUGGGGUUGGCCACAGGAAUGGGGGCAGUGUUUUGUUUCUUCUCUUAGGGUUCUACAUGCCAUAUUGCACUUUUACAAUUUAAUUGGAAUUGAAUCCAAAGUUGAUGGAACUCAGCAGUGACCUAAGUGAUGGGAAGGGUAUCCUCAAGUUAAGAUCACCAGACUCUGGAGGUAACUUCUGAGGUAGCCAUCCCUCAGAGAGAAAAAAGUCAAUGCUCUUGAUGCUCUUUGCAACUGGCUCUUCCUCCCAUCUUGAAGGUGAGUUAUUCAGAAGACCGGGGCAAGGCAAGGUGCCAGGCUCCAAGAGCCUAACCACGCUAGCUGAUAACCUGAUACAAGUGCACGAGAGGCAACAGGGCCUCUCUCAGACAUGAUGCUUUUCCAGGGUAAAAUCUGUAUAUCACAUCCCCUCACAGAGCAAAACUGCAGGGAAGAAAAAGGAGCCCCAAGAAAGUCCAGGAAGCCAGAAAUGCUCGUCCGCCUCUAAGACAUUCCCCCCCAAAAUUGCUGAGUCUAAAACCCCAUUCACUCGAACUGCAGCUGCUCCGUUCUUGCUAGCCAAACCACAGAACUCAACACCCUGGUUUAGAAUGAGCUAAAUGAAUCCUCAAUUCCGUUUCAUUGAGGAGCAAACAUCUAGAGAGGAUGUUUUAACACCAGGAACGUUAACUGCAACAUUGUAGUAACAAAUACUGUGAAAACUUGCGAGACAUGCUUUAACAUCACCCAAGUGGUUGACUAACCCUGCUUAAACAUGCAAUGAGAAAAACUCACAUUUUCUAUGCUUUUUAAACUCAUGGAACAAAGAAACAAAACAUAUUUUUACAUAGAUUUGUAGCUAUCAUACUUCAUAAUGUAUAUUCGUGUAUUCCAGUUUAUAGUAGAUCUACCCAAGAUUUUUUCUCCCUCCCCUCCUCUCCCUCCUGUCCCCCUCCGCUUCCUGACUCUUCACCUUCCCUCUGUAUUUUGGUUUCUGCACACACACACACACACACACACACACACGUGUGUGUGCAUGUAGGCGUAAGCAUCUUCAGUGGCAAGCACGGCCAUCAUCAUUUCCUUGGACCAAAUAUCCCCAUCCCCAUCACCUGGCCUUUGCUCUCUCGGGGCUGAUGCAGCCCUCUCAGCUCCCUCGCCCAUGGACUUCACAAGGACUCUGCGCUGUAGGUCUGUUACGAAGGAAUCUCGUGACCAGAUGGCAUCUCUUCUUGCUCAGUAUUUUUGUAACACAUUUCGGCUUAUUUUCUUUGUUGGAACAGAAAUUGAUGAAUCUCACUGCUGUGCGGGGUCCUUUCAGCAGAAUCUAAAACUGGAUGGGACUUCAGACAUGCUCUAGUCCAGGCCCCUCAUUUUAUAUGUAAGGCAAUUGAGACCCAGAGAAGAAGCUGAGUGGCCUGUCCAGGGUCAUUCAAAUAUUAAAUAACAAGCCAGGAUUUGAACAUGGUUUUUCUUACUCCAAAUUUAACACUCUCAUGAUCCCAUAUUAUCGCAGACAUGGAGCUAUGUUAAGUAUAUUCUCUCUCUAUAGUAGGCUACUUAUUUCUGGGGCACCUGAUGAGUGACUGAAAGGAAGAGAAGACAGAAUCAGGGCUGUGACGUGUGAUUCAGUGGCACUUUGGAGACCCGACUGUCUCUGUGUAAAUAUUGGAGAUAUAUGGGAUUCCGUAAUCAUAUGGUAUUCCCACCGUGGGAGCUCUUUACUCCAAAGAUUAAACAAAAUCCAUUCAGUAAGUAGCCAGCUCCCAGCAAGUUGUCUGUGACAACAAUGGAUGUUGAGUCUUGCUCAAAGUCACAUGGCUCAAUGUCAAGGGAAGGGUCUUCAUUGAAAGUUGUAGAAAAGUAGAGUGGUUGUCUAGUCUAAUGCUCUCAUUUUGAAGAUGGUAAAAUUAAGAAUUAAGGGGUUACCAAAACUAGGCAGAUACUAUCUAGAAGAAGCAUAUUGGAUCCUGGUUUUUCUGAUUUCAAGCCCUGCACUCUAUCCUCUAAACCAGCAAGGUCAAAUUUAUAGUAAAAUUAGUCCUGUGGGUCACAUCUUGACUUAAAAAACUACAGAUGAACAUUAGCUCUGUUGUAUCGUAUUUUUAUUGAUUUUUAAAAAUCUUCCCUGCUACAUCUUAACCUAGUUCUGGCCACAUUCAUGAGUUGAGCACCUCUGCUCCUAGACACUCUGCUUGUAUCUACCACCCCUCCUGGUUCUACUGAAAUAUUCCGUGAGAUAAGUUAAUAGGGAGAUUAACUGCCAUCCGAAAUAAAUAUGCUGUACCACAGAGAUAUUUUCUAAAUCAGUGGCUUCACAUCGACAGCCUUGAGCAUGAAGCUUGGUCUUGCCAAGUCUAUUUUAUAACUUUCUAUAACUGCCAACCCCCACUCUUCUUGACUCACUUUCCAUGUCUGAAAUCGGGACCCUCAUCUCGGAAGGAGGAACAACAGAAUCACACAUAUGAAGCGUUAAUCAGGGGCUGAUCUUCUUGAUGUUGUUGUCAGCAGACCGUUUAUUCAAAUAGAAAUUGAUUGUUCUUUUUCACCAAAUCUACCCCAGUGUUAUUGUUAAGAUCUCAACUCUUGGGCACAUACUUUUCUCCUUUUUAUCUACCCUUAAGGUAGCUUCAUUUGCCCACCUCUGAAUCACAGAGCUGAUGCUUUGAUCAGCCUAAAUCUGAGCUUUCACUGGGGGUGAACUGGCAAUUCUUGGUUUAUUUUCAAGUGAUCUUCAUUAUUAUUAUUAAAGGACAUUGGCUUUGGAGCAAAGACGAACAAAAUGCAGCAGCACUGUAUUCUACUGAGGUACAAAUUCAGGCAACCCUAUGCCAGUGAUUGCUGGCCUGAAAUGCUCAAGACUGUGUUCAUAAUGUAGGGGACUUUGACCAAGUGGAAUCUGGAUAGAAUUAUAUAUUUAGAGCUGGAAAAGACCUUGGAAACCAUUCCCUAAUUUUCCCCUUAUUUUAUAAAUAAGGAAAUUGAAACCAAUAGAGAUUAAGGGACUUGUACAGUUACACAGCUAGUCAGUAUCUGAGGCAGGAUUUAAACACAGAUUUCACGACACCCAUCACUUCUUUAUACUCUCUCGGUGAGUGCUUGGAGAGGUUAUUCCAAAUUCUUGGAAGGGAGGAAUUUUUCAGUUUGGAAUCUGUACGUUCCAUAUUGUCGUUGAGGGCAAUAUUCUGGUUAAAUGAGGUUGUACCCAGUGUUGAAGAAACAAAACAGCUCAGGUGACUUUCAGUCUUUGCUGAGGACAGUGGAUACAAAAGGUCUCUUCUUUCAUUCUCAGAGAGAUGUCAAGGCCCAAGGAUUCUCCUUCUGGUAUCUAUUCUCCCAUACAGGACUGUGAGAUUUAAAAGGCAAAAGAGAUCAUGUUUGGUGUGUGCUGUAUCCACCUGAAUCUUGAGGAAGUCUUCUGGGAUCUUUUCUUGUUUGUACUGAGUUCCUAAAUGUACUUGGUUAUUGCUACAUCUUGCAUCUUUUCCCGGAAACAGCCACUCAAAAGAACCCAUCUGGUUUAAAUGAGGAUUUUUGUUCAGCUUUGGCUCUAAUCUCAUUGCUUAUUUUUCAUUAGAGUCCCUCAUUUAUGUAUCGGUACUUCCCGUUCCUCCUCGACCUACUGCGUUUCCUGUCCCCUUAUGGCCAAGUUUCUUCUUAUUCUAUUAAUAUGUUGGAAGCCAAGAUGAUGACAUUUAGAGAGAAAAUUCCAUUUUCAUGCAAGUGUUUUAGCCUUUACGGCGUGAAGAAGCCCCAUCUCACUGAAGUGAACGAGAUCUGCUUCAGCAUAGAAGCACUGAGGGAAUGGAUCCAACCCAGAGCUAUUCCUACAAAUUUGUGAAGUUCGGGCCUCCCACACACGGAGACAGCUACGCGGAGAACUGGCAUUGGCCAAGGAGCAAGGACAACAUUUCAACAUCCUUUAAAUCUGUAGGCAAAUAUCUCUUCAAAGGAGAUUGAGACUUGCUGAAAUCAGCAUGACCCUGUCCCUCUAUAACUGUUUGCUUCCACAGGGUAAACAGUCUAUAUUUUCUAAUUUAUACAGAAGUCUGAAUGAAAAGCAGGGAAUCAAAAACUAGGGACAUCCCUCUCUGAAGCUGGUCAUCUAUUAUGUGAGCCUGGUACUAAGUAGCCAUGCUCUCCAUGUGUGUUAAAAAAAAAAGUUCGAAGUGGGGGGAACAAGAUUAGCUUUUAAAGGAUGCAUUUCUGUACUGGGGUCCAACCUAGCAUUUCUCCAGCAGCGUUUCUUUUCAGACCAGAAAAAUGAACACAUACCCAAACAUAGAGAGCACAUGUGUGGAAAGUACAUACAUGCAUGCACAAUACACGUGUGUGUCCCCACGCGGUCACAGGGAUCCCCAGGUCUGCAUUUUUAUAUAUUCACAUCUAUCGAUCUCUACCGCUAUCUCUCCUCCUGGAAGGUAGGAAUCACAGCAAGAUCGAUGAUAGAUUGCCUUGGAGAUUCAUUGAGUUCCAUUCUAAAAAUCUUGAUGCAAGAAUGAAGCAAAUCACAAUGUAGUGUUUAACUAGUUCCCUGAGACAGGCUUUGGGGAAGAGCGUGUGGCGUCCAGAGACAGCCAGAAGAAGAAAGGCAAGAAAAGCCACUCCGUGAGGAAGGGAGGGGCUGCUAGUCACACAUCAGCCUCCCAGUUCGCAAUCUGCUCGGCAGAUGCUCUAUGGAUUGCUCCUUGGCUGAAGUGACACUGGAAAGCACGGCGUCAUUUCAUUCACACUGGAGUAAAGGAAUAAACGGGAGUUCCAUUAUUUAAAUUAGCCUGUCUUAAGUAGAGGGGAAGCACAGAUCGGCCAUGUUGUUGUUUUUUAGUUAUUGUGAUUUUACAAGAAAAAAUAGUGGCCGGUGUGGGAAAGAAGACCUGAUCCCAAAUUUCUUGUGAAUUAGUGAAUGUAGAUGGAAGAGAUGAAGGAAAUAACAAGUGGUCUCUGAAAUCGCUCUUUGGAUAGGGUAAAUACAUCCAGAGAAGACUGACUCUUCCCUUUCUUGAGACAAAGGCACUCAAAAGCCCUUCCCUGGUGGUGUUAAUUGGAUGUUAAUUAUGAGUUCAGCUUAAUUUUGAAAAGCAGCUCAAAUGCAAUCAGACUUUUUUCCCUGACAUCGUGUCCAUUUAACACUUAAUGUGGCAUGCCAAAUGCGAGCACAGAUCAUAGUCUCCAGAGCCGACUUGUUUAGAUGAUUGAGCAGAGAGGAUAAUGUAGAAUUUCAGGACCAUGAGGAAAUGGGCCGUUUUACACCAGGAGUUCUCAUAAGGGAAUAAAAUCUUAAAAUAAGAGAAAACAGGGGAAAGAACCACAGAGAAUUCUUGAAGCUUUGUCUCUUUAAAAUUGUUUCAGUGGAGAAAUCCCUCCAGACUUGGUGAAAAAUUGAAGACCCAGACAGAGCCUGGGGUGUCACUGUGUGGAAGGGGACCUAUAAGGAGGGAUUCACUCACUUGAGCCAGGUGAGGGAGUCCAUCAGGCUGCUUGGCUUGGAGUAUGUGGUGCAGGGAGACCUGCAUAGGUUUGAGAGGAUCUCUCUGAGGAGUCGAGGGUAGAGACACUAGAGACAAGAAAUGUGCUCUAUAAUGGACCCUUCCUGGAGGGAGCUUGUCUGGGGUGUCGCCUACCUCUGUCCUGGUGAGAUUAAAAAUCAACAGAAGGUCCAAAUGUGGAGCCACAGAGCCUGUAGUGGAGAAUGGAUUUCAGGGACAGAGAUUUCCUCCCAUUGGCCAGAGUCUCCCAGGGAGCCUAGGUCUAGAUAGGACUUGGGCUUUGUAACUAAGUGUAGUUGAUUAUGCCCAAUCUUCUGCGCUCCCUGGAGAGAGGAAGAACAUGCUAAAUGCCUGCCAUCUCCGGCCCUCGUCUCCUGCUGGCUGCCAUGUGCUAUUCCUGGGCAGCUCUGGGACUUUUCUGAAGGGGGGUAAUAGGCCCUUCACUGCCUUAGUGUUCGGUCUUUCAGAAGACAGCCCCUCCAAAGUGCCCAAAGUUAUUGGGGGGGUCGUCUGAUUAACCUGCCAAGCAACAGGCCUGUGGCUGUCUUGAUUGUGAGGCCCAGUGAGAUGCUGAGCUGGAUGGCAUAGAAAUGUCUGUAUAGUGCCGAGCUGUGAUGUGAUCUUUGGAGAUAUUUAUUGUCUUAUCUGUAUAUUGAGAAGGUGAAGGAAGGAAUAGGCAAUAUAUGAUUCCCGUCACAAACAUCUCAUUUGCUGUUAUUAUGCCCAUUUUACAGUUGAAAAAAACUGAGGCAAAUAGAGAUGAAAUAAGUUACUCAAAAUCACCUAGCUAGGAACAUGUCCGAGGCUGGAUUUGAUUUCAGAGCUUCCUGACGUCCACCUCUGCAACCUGAUGAGGGAUCCUAGAACCACCUCAGAUCUAGGAUCUAGGAUCCUAGAUGAAGCGCCAGAAGAGCAGAGGCAUCACCUGGUUCAAUCCAUUCCCUUUACAGAUAGAUGAAAAAUGAAAGCUUAAAUGACUUGGCCAAGAGCUUACAGAAAUGGUCAGACAGGAUCUGAGUCCAGAACUAGGUUCGGGCCACGGUACCCAUUGUUUUGUGGCCAGUGGAGCACAGAGCCAGGAAGCUCACAGUUUCCUUGGGUGAUUGAGUCCAAACCCCUUGCUUUUCAGAGGGAUCCAGGGGAGUGCAGCUGGGUAAGCGACCUGCAAGCUCACACAGAUCGUAAACAGCUGAGGGGAGUUUCGAACACAUGUUUUCUGGCUUCAGAUUCUUGUGUUCCACCUCAGGCCGUGCUUAUACUGGGGAGACUGCAGUCUCUUGGGGAAGCUUUUGAGGACCAUCUGUCCAUGUUAGGAAGCUUUUCCUGACCCUGAGCCCACCUGUGCUUCUCUGUAACUUCCCCACUCGGCUCCUCUUCCUUCCUCUGAAGGUAAGAGAGCAGGUUUGCUCAGCCCUCCUCAGUCACAGCCUUCCCCUGGGGGGCCCAUUAGGAGCUGUAGGCUCCCUUGUCCCUACACAUCUUCUCUUCUCUAACUUGCACAUCCUGGAUUCCUCCAGCUGAUCCUUUUAGCCAGAGAUCUGGAGGCUCUUUCCUGGAUGGUCUUGACUUCACACAUAACCUGGUAAUUUAAUCCCCUUGUGAGAGCAGAUGUAGCUGCUCAGCCUUGCAAAGUGCUUCAGACAUAGAAGGCCCUUGGAAUGUAUUUUUGGAAUUGCACUGAAUUCAGCCCCAGCACUGAUCUCCGUCCUCCAGAUGUGACCCAACAAGGGCCAAAUACUGGGAAGUGGGUGAAAUCCCAGACUUCACUAAUGGAUUUACAGGGACCUGAUUUAGGGCCUAGAGAGAGGAUGACCUCUAGUCUAAGCUUCUCAUUCAACAGAUGAGGAAACCGAGGCACAGAGAAAUUAAGCAACUUGUCUGACAUCAGACAAGACAAACCAUGAACAUCAGAGUGGGGAUUCACACCUACUUCCUCUGAUCCCAAAUCCCUCCCCUCCAUCCCCGUGAGGACCCACACAGCUGUCUGAAAAUGGCGUCUGGGGCUGAGAAGCAACACAAGUCUCACACGACCCGUUCAAAAUGUUCUUUUGCUUGUUUUAUGAAACCUUGGAGAAAGCCCCAGAACACUCGAGUUGAAGGUGACCUUGAGGCAAGGCAAGGAACCCACAUCCUGUCCUUUAAGCUGCUUUCUCCUUCUUGCCCUUUCAGGCUAACUGAUUUGUCUUUAGAGGAGAAAGUAACUCAUUCCCCUCCAAUACAUCUUUUUUUUGUUCACGCUUUGGAGAUUUCAGAAAACAGUCUUGAAUUUAUGAAGGUGAAAACAAAACCCUUGAUGAAUAAAUAGCCAAGUGCCAAAUUAAUGUGUUUGUCUGCCUUGCCCACAGUUCCCUGAAAGUUAACUCCGAGUGGAAAAAAGCAGGCCAUUCCCCAAUAACCCUUUUCCUUUCCUGAAAAGCAUAGAUUUCUUUUUGUUUGACUUGUUUAUAAAUGCAACCAGAGGAAAUACCCAUUUCUGGUUUUAGAAAAAGGGCUUGUGGGGCAAGACUCAUUCUAAGAGCUCCCAGACUUUGGUGAAGCUUCUCAUUCCCACUUCAGCCAGUGGUCAGGCCCAUCUCUGGAAGAGUCUGGAGCGAGAUGCUGCUCCUGCCGCUUCCGCCUGACCCACAGGAACUACAGGGAGAUCAUCCCCGCACUCACGUACCUCCCGCUGAAAGGCCAGCGGCGGCGAUCGAUUUACUUGACCUUUGCAAUAGAGUAGAUGGUGACAUGAGGGAAUGAGGAAUGGUGGAUGGAAGGCUGACCUCCUGAGACUCAGGAAGGCCUUGGGGGAAUUGUAGCUCCCACCACAGACCGGAGGGUCGGUCCUGGCCUAGUGAGAAGCUC